GAGCACUAGCGGGGCGAACAUGGGUAACAGGGUCAUCCGCGGGGACUUCGAGUGGGUUUACACGGAGCAGCCCCACACGCAGCGGCGGCGGGAGAUCCUAGCAUUGGUUUCUCUUAUGAUGUCAGUGCAAACGAGGACUGGUUCCUGAUAUAACCAUUGGUGAUUUUAAAAAGCCAAAUAUCCAACAAUUAAAUCUCUAAUGGGACCAGAUCCCCACUUAAAAUGGAUUGUGUCUGGAAUGGUGUUGACACAGCUUCUAGCCUGCUACUUGGUGAAAGAUUUAUCUUGGAAAUGGAUUUUCUUCUGGGCUUAUGCUUUUGGGGGCUGCAUCAAUCACUCAAUGGCACUAGCGAUCCAUGAUAUUUCACACAAUGUUGCCUUUGGUAACAAGCAGGCCAAGUGGAAUAGAUGGUUUGCAGUGUUUGCCAACCUGCCAUUUGGACUUCCUUACUCCGCCUCCUUCAAGAAAUACCACAUUGACCAUCAUCGAUACCUUGGUGGAGAUACUUUGGAUGUGGAUGUUCCAACUGACUUUGAAGGCUGGUUCUUUUGCACUCCAUUUCGGAAAUUUAUUUGGCUCAUCCUCCAACCAUUCUUCUACGGCCUGAGACCUCUUUACGUGAACCCCAAAGCAGUUACUCAGAUGGAAAUAUUUAAUGCCCUGGUGCAAUUCUCUGUUGAUUUUAUAAUCUACUACCUAUGGGGCCUGAAGCCUGUUGUUUAUUUAAUAGCAGGCACAUUACUUUGCAUGGGUUUGCAUCCUAUUGCUGGGCACUUCAUAGCAGAACAUUACAUGUUCUUAAAAGGCUACGAAACCUAUUCUUAUUAUGGACCUCUCAACUGGAUCACCUUUAAUGCAGGCUACCACAUGGAGCACCAUGAUUUCCCCAGCAUUCCUGGAUGCAAGCUGCCAAUGGUGAAGAAGAUAGCAGCAGAAUAUUAUGACAACCUUCCUCAGCACCAAUCUUGGUGUCGAGUUCUCUGGGAUUUUGUUUUUGAUGACACCAUUGGUCCUUAUUCACGGAUUAAGAGAAUAUGCAAACUAGCAACAGAAAACCAAUAGAUUUGCUUUAGCAUCGUCAUUAAUAAUGUAAAAAAAAAUCCAUUUUUUGUGGACUGAGUUUUCAGAGCUAAAAAUUAUCUGAAGUAAUAUUUCUAUGCACUUACCUUUUCUGUAGUACCAAAGGUGACAAAAUAUUGAAGCAAACCACAGGCACUGUCUUUUAGAAUUCUGUAAAUUUUAUUAAAAGGAUUUUUGCUUAUGUAACAUUGCUCUUUGGCAGGAUAUCACACAUGUAUGUUUAUAGCAGAGGCUACAUAGAUGCACCAUCCUUUGUAUCUAGGUGAAACUGUUACAUUUUAAAUCCACAUUAAACAUUUCCUCCCCCCCUUUUCAUCAGGACCAUGCAUGUGUGGCAUGAGAGUCAGGUUAGACCUGUUCUGUGGUGCAGAAUGCUUCUAAUCUUUGGAGGAAUGGAGACACAUACUUCAACAGGUGUUUGGCUUGUCUUAACAGGUCAAUGCAAGCAGGAGGCAGCCUAGAUUCAAGAGCAAACUCAACCCCUUGCUUCCUUGGAUGGAUGAGGGCUAGGGCUGUCUUAUACAUGCUACUUCAAGUACAGUCAUCUCUGAGCUACAUCUUGGUUUCUGAGCAGAUUACAGCUGGGUCAACAGCUGCUGCAAUAUUGCUGCCAUAUUACAUGGGUUUAGGAAGGCAGGGAUUGACCCAAAAUGCAGUAGGUGGAAAAACCCCUGGAAUCUUAUUACUAUGAGCAACACAAUGGUAUGGUUUGUCAUAUCCAGCGAAGUUGUGUUCUGGACCGUGACUGUACAAAUGAAGAUGGAACUUCAUUUCCUAUUCUCAUAGGAAUCAACUUAAUCAAUGUAGUGGAGAGAUUUCUUUUCAGUUUGCCAAGUACACUCCCCUUGAGACCUCAGACCUGAUGCUGCUGAACAUGUGAGUCAGAAUAAAACCCAGCUCAUUCAACUUUCUCUGGCAUUAGUUCUGCAGGGCCAACCUCCUGCCUGUAAUGUUUGUAAGUAUGAUUCAAUACAUAUAGUACAUAUGCAUCUGUUGAAUAACAAUAGUGCCAUUAUGCCUGAACACAGAACCACGUUCCAAGAGGAGAUCAGCCACAGCCUUUCUGGAGCUAAUGCACUCAGGGAAAAGCCAUAAGCUCCUAUUCUCUUGGAUGUGCAAGCUGAGAAACAGGGUUUCUACGACUUUCAAUUAACAUCUUAUAGGACAACUGCACUAUGUGCUGAACUGUUUUCAUUUCACUUAACAGACUAGCUCAACACUCUUCUACAAUGUUACCUUACUAUAAAACAUCUGUGAAUCAUUUCAUUUGUACAGAAAAACACACUGUACAUAAAUGUCUAAACUUCUGCUAUUUUUUAAACAUAUCCAUUCUGCUUCACUGUGUCUUGCUGCUUUCAAUUUACAGUAUAAACUAGCCUGGCACAUUUCUUAACCCUGCCUGAGAGACUUGUGGAAGAUUAGUAAACUGGAUUGCUAUUAAGUAAACUUCUAACAUUACAAGGCACCCUUACCCUCUCCUCAUUUCUUGGCCGUCUUUAUUUACUAUUAAUCAAACCAUCCUUCCUCUGUUGUACCAGCUACUACCUCAUUACAUGCCUCUAUGCUGCUUUUUCUGUUAAUUUAGCACUGCUCAAAGAGAGGCCAGAAGACUAAAUAAAAUACUAUAUGUUCUUCAGCUUGGGGACCAGCUGAUUUGACUUCACUCAAGAAAUAAGAAGUUCACACAGUGCAAGAGAUCUGGGCUUUUAAAAAGCUGACUGCAGGAGCUACUGCUUCAGUAGCAGUUGUGGGUAGAAAACAGUUUUAAUAAGAAGUGAGCUCAAACUGUGCGAUUUUUCUCAUGCCAUUCAAAAUGAUCAAGGGCAGGAGGAUAGAACAAGGAUUCUGCUCUUGUAAAUCUUAAACAGACCUAAGUUAGCAGAAAUUCUCAAGCCUAUACUUGGCUGAAAGAAUGGCCUCUACUUGCACAAGAAGUAAGAGCUGAGUGGUCAGGCACUGUUGGACUUCAGAAAAUAAAGGGCAAGUACUGGGUACCAGCAUUGCCUCCAGGACUGCAGUGUGACAAUGCAGAGGUUGAAAUGCCCAAUUUCAAUUGAAAUGUUGUCUAAAGGCAGCCCCUAGGCUUUGCCUGUAGUAGGGUCAUGUGAGCAACCAUGGGAAAUUUUUAGAACAUCAGUAAAGCUGCACCAGCGUGGCUGGCGGGGCUGCAGUUAUUAACUCUAUCACCCACCCUUGCUCUGAGUAGGCUGCAGCCUUCUUAAAAACAGAACAAAAACCCCUUUACAAAUUAAAAGUCAGGGAAUGGGGUUGUGGUUUUUUGUGGGAGGCAGGAAGGGAAUGAAUGAGAGAGUGGAGGGGUUAGUGGUGGUCUGAGUGGAGCAGUGGGACACUGGGACCAACUACAGGUCAGUAAAUGCUACUGAUGACAAUACGAGCUUGCAGGGCUGUGGCAGACUCUGGGACACAGUAUUUCCAGAUUCUAGUAGCCUGUUUGCAGUCUGGCCCUGGUCAACAUAGACAGCAGGCAGAGGUAAGACCCUGUGCCUCAACUGCUGCAGGAAGAUGGGGCUAGCAGCCAGCUGUUCCCCACCUGGAGCUGCUGCACAGUUGGCAUUGCACCGCUCUGAGUGGUCAGGGAA